AUGUCGGACGACGAUGUACCCGAGCGCCUCACCACCAUCCCUGGCGCGUGCCCGACGCCACUAGAGCUGGGCAUGUCGGGAUGGAACAUACUCCAUUCCUCGGCUGCCGUCUACCCGUACAAGCCGUCCGCCGUGCAGCAGACAGCGAUGAAGAACUUUAUCGAGUCGUGGGCGCAAGUGUACGCGUGCAGCUGGUGUGCCUACCACAUGCGGGAGUACGUGCGCGACCACCCGCCAGACGUGCGCGACAAACUCACUGUCUCACGCUACGUUUGUGAGAUGCACAACAACGUGAAUGUGCGGCUUGGCAAGGACGUCUUUGACUGCUCCCCUAGCGUGGUGCUGCGUCGGUGGCACCCCGGGUACCCAAACAAAAUGGACGAUAUGCCCACGGUCGAGGAGCAGCUGGCGGCGUCGGACCGGGAGAAGUCCACAGCAAAGGACGCGAAGCAACGUCAGCAAGAGGAGAACCGACGUUUCACCAGGUUCGGGCUGCCCGCCCGCGAGGCGGCCCCGAACGAAGGUGUAGCCUGGCGAGACGCAAGUGAGGCGGCAUCAAAGAAAGUAGAUGGCGGCUUGUGGAGCUGGAGAAUCUUUCGCAAACCAGUCUUAGGCGCACAUGCGGCUAAGAGCAACGCACCUCCGGGCACGAACUCGUCAUCUCCGCCUCCGACUACGCAGCACGAGCAGAGCACCUCCUCCUCGGACGCACUGAAGACCCCAUCGACCGGUGCGGUGGCGGCAGACGCUUCUGAGGUCGGUGCUGCCUAUCCCCGCCACGGCUGGUCCACCUCCGCCUCGGAGGCGCAUGAGAGCUUUCUGAUGCCUACCCCGUCACGCGGUAAGGCCGCCGAUGACGAAACCGACAUCGAUGCCGUUCUCAAGCGUCUGAAGCAAUGUCAAGUGUACUGCCCAGAGGACGAGGAACUGAAGCACUAG